AUGAACAGAUCCCAUAAGCGGCAUCCGCAGACCCAUCUUCCAGAUCCGAAUAUGUUCUGGGAUUUCCAUGUAGGUAACCCUGAGGGUUUCCACGAGCUGCUGCAUCUUUUCAGUGACCGCGGAACACCUGCAACUCUGCGCCACAUAAACGCGUACAGCGGACACACCUACAAAUUUACAACGACGGAUGGCUGUUUCAAAUAUGUUAAGAUUCACAUCAAACCAACCCAGGGAGUCCAGAACUUGACUAAGGAGGAGUCAGUUCGAAUUGCGGGAGAGAAUCCAGACUUUUUAAUCCAGGACAUGUUUGAAGCAAUUGAGAGGGGCGAUUACCCAACCUGGAAAGUCUAUGUCCAGGUCAUGGGUCCUGAACAGGCAGAGAACUAUCGGUGGAACAUAUUCGACAUGACCAAGGUCUGGCCGCAUCAAGACUUCCCGCUGCGGCAAAUUGGCAAGUUGACCUUGAAUCGCAAUCCCAACAACUAUUUUACCGAUAUUGAACAGGCGGCUUUCUCACCAUCUAAUAUGGUACCUGGGGUUGCGCCAUCUGCUGAUCCAAUGUUGCAAGCGAGGUUGUUUGCCUAUCCUGAUGCAGCUAGAUACCGGUUAGGAACAAACUAUCAACAACUUCCCACAAAUGCUGCUAAAGCACCCGUGUAUUGUCCUUUUCAACGCGACGGCUCGAUGAACUUCUCAGGCAAUUAUGGGGCUGAUCCAAACUACGUUUGCUCCUCGCUCAAGCCCGCCAAAUUUUACCAAGACAUAAAAGGCGUCGGACCAAAGACUCUCAAUGUCAUGACUGAACAUGAGAGGUGGGUUGGAGAAGUUAUCAACUUUACCACGCAUGUUACAGAUGAGGAUUUCGUCCAGCCUGCUGCUCUCUGGGAGGUAAUCAAGAAGGAACCAGGUCAUGAGGAAAGGUUUUUUGGGAAUGUCGCUGUACAUCUCAGUAAAGUCAAGAGUGAUAGGCUCCGACAUGAAGUUUAUGCGUACUUCUCACGUAUCAGCCCAGACUUGGGUGAAGGUGUCAAGGAGGCUACAGAAGGCCUUGUAGUCUCUUAG